CGGGUUUGACUGCUUCGCCUAUGUCGGUGCUUCAUGGCCGCUGGAGGUUUCUUUGCCGCGGCCAAUUGGUGGGAUUCCUGAGCUCCUUUGCCCAGGGCUUUUUCGGCAGGAGCGUGCCCUCAGCGACUUCCAAUGGCUGGAACUUCGGCACCCUUGAAAGUGUGCAUCGUGGGGUCGGGAAACUGGGGAUCUGCUGUGGCUAAAAUAAUAGGCAACAAUGUAAAAACAAUGCAGAAGUUUGCUUCUACGGUGAAAAUGUGGGUUUUUGAAGAAACUAUUAAUGGGAGGAAACUUACAGAUAUCAUAAAUAAUGACCAUGAGAAUGUGAAAUAUCUUCCUGGAUAUAAACUACCAGAAAAUGUGGUUGCAGUCCCAAAUCUGACUGAAGCUGUGAAAGAUGCAAACUUGUUGGUUUUUGUCAUUCCCCACCAGUUCAUUUAUAAAAUCUGUGAUGCAAUUACUGGGCAUUUAACAAAGCAAGCUGUUGGUAUAACUCUUAUUAAGGGUAUAGAUGAAGGCCCUGAAGGACUCAGACUCAUCUCUGAUGUAAUUCGGGCAAAAAUGGGGAUAGAUAUCAGUGUGUUGAUGGGAGCAAACAUUGCCAAUGAAGUAGCUGCAGAGAAAUUCUGUGAAACCACAAUAGGGUGCAAAAUCUUGGAAAAUGGCCUCCUUUUCAAAGAACUUCUACAGACUCCAAACUUCAGAAUAACUGUUGUGGAUGAUGCUGAUACAGUUGAGAUUUGUGGUGCUCUUAAGAACAUAGUGGCAGUAGGAGCUGGCUUCUGUGAUGGUCUUCGCUGUGGAGAUAAUACCAAAGCAGCUGUCAUUAGGCUUGGAUUAAUGGAAAUGAUAGCUUUUGCCAAAAUCUUCUGCAAGGGGCAGGUCUCAAUUGGUACUUUCCUGGAGAGCUGUGGGGUUGCGGAUUUAAUCACAACCUGUUACGGUGGCCGAAAUCGGAGAGUGGCUGAAGCAUUUGUUAAAACAGGAAAGAGUAUUGAAGAACUGGAGCAAGAGAUGCUGAAUGGGCAGAAACUUCAAGGACCACAGACUUCUGCAGAAGUGUAUCGCAUUCUUCAGCAGAAAGGUUUGGUGGAAAAGUUUCCACUAUUUACUGCUGUUUAUAAAAUCUGCUAUGAAGAAAAGCCUGUCCAAGAAAUGAUCUCCUGCCUCCAAAGCCAUCCAGAGCAUAUAUAAAGCACUUUAUAUUGUCACAUUUCCUGCCUUUUCAUACUCAUUCAUGAGUUCAAAUUAAUGUCAUUGGCUUGCCUACUCCAUGAAGAAAUUGCAGAAAUACAUGUGUCUAUGGAUUUCUCUAAAUUAUGUAUUAUACAACUCCUAGAAUACUAGCUGUUAUUUUUAGUGGCUAAGAUUUAGUUGGCUUUCAAAUAUACUGUGCAGAACUAGCACACUCCUCAAACUUCCUAAUCCUCUUUCCCUAUUUGAAAUGCUUGAUGUUCUUUUAAGCAUAAUUCUAAUGCUUCCUUUUCAAGCAGGGAUUCAUCUAGACUUCCCAAUGAUUCAAGGGGAAGAUGCAAUUAGGGCAGAAAUAACGUACUACAGUACUCCAAAACUUUAUUGGACUAAAGAUCCUAUCAGUGUGCAUUAAUAGCAUCAAGGAGAGCUUUAAUUGUUGAUUUCUGGAGCCCUAUAAAUUGAGCACAUCAUAUCAAUAUUACCUAGAAACUGUUUGCUAAACUAUCGUAAGCUUCAAGAACGUGCAUUCAAUUUUUUUCAAGUCAGAUUUGCACAUCUUGUAUGGCACAGAUUGCCAUUUACUGAGAAUUACUUUGGUAUCAUUUAAUUAGUGGGAAGUGGCUUUAAGAUUUUUAAAACUUAGAUUUUAAAAAUAACUUAUUCUUAAAAGUAAUUUAAAGAAAUGAAGAUUUUUCAAAUGUACUUUUAAAAUGAUUGUGGCCUCUUUUUUUAAAAAAAAAAUACUGCCUUGCCAAUCCAAUAAAUGUAUGGAAGUACAGUUCCUAAGGACUCCCGCUCUAUCAGGAUGUGAUGGGAAUUGUAGUCCUAAGUGAUAAGAUUGCUGUUUAAAGCAAAAAUUUGCCCUCCCAAUAUUUAUCUCUUCUCUAAUUCAGCUUUCUCCAUUUUCUCUGCCUAAACUAAGAAUUUAAGGUAACAAAUCAAAACUUUUUGAUCUAGCUGUGAUGUUUUAACAUCACACAUUUUUAAGCAAAGCAUAAUCCGGUGGAUUUAUAUAUGCAGCUCCAAAGCUGCUCUUAUCCUAGCUGAAUAAUAUUAAGGUGAUGAUAUAGGCAUAUGCAUGAAGAUGAAGCAUAGCUGUGUGAAAGUUUUUCCAUAAUAUGUUACCAAGACUGCAACCCAUUAUCACUCAGGUUGGCCUGCUGCCCAGAAGUUCUUUCAGGUGACAUUUAACAAGUAAUCUGCUGUCAUGCUCUGAUGUGUCAAAACUGUGAAGCUCAAUUGAGUUUGGUAUAGAAUCUUUGUUUCCUCAGCAUAUUGUUUGUCCAUUUGUGGGAUUAAAUUAGAAAGAGCCAAAGAGUAAGGUUCUGACAUGGGUGUACAGCUUUUUCACUGAACUAACAACUGCAUGUGUGCUUUGUGUUUACACUAUCCAGCAGUCCAGUGCUUGAGACACAGAAUCAACAUAUACCAGCCUUUAACCACCUGGAGAGUGACAAACCAGUAAAAACCUGAAAAGCGUGGUCUCCACACAUUUGAAUUCUACCCACUUGGGAAGGCUAGUGCAGAUAACUUAAGAGGAGUUGUUCUGAUUAUAUCCAAAGUGAAUAUACUACAAAACAUAACUAUUUUAGCUGUUUUUAUUUUGGUGCCUUUUUUUUGUUUCUGUUCCAAUUAUUUUUUGAGUUGCCUUUGGAAAUCCAUUUAGCAGGAGCCCAUUUGUUAGGUAUGAAUGUUUAGAAUGGGAAUAAGAUAUUUUUUUUAAAAAAAAUGACAAAAAUCAUGUUGGUUAAGUAAAUAAUAGUCUGAUUAACAAACUAUGUAAAGCUAUCCUCUCAAUUGCUGCCUUCACAUCUGUGGAAUUACUGCAUCUGUCAUUUGUGACCAAUAUGGGUAGUCCAGUACUUCUGGAAGGCAUUUGAUUGGGGAAAGCUGACCUAACGUAUAUGAAAUUAAUUGUGUGUGA